AUGUCGAACCUCGAAUCUCCCCCCUCCAAGAAGGGCGGCCUCCGCAAACUGCACAUCCGACACUCCAACCUGAAUCGCCUCCCUUCAUCACACAUCCCGUCUCGCCUGCGCCUGGGAGACGAUGCUCAAGAAGACGUGACCGCCCCCAACCGGGGCUCAAACAUGCCCGCCCAGUACAUGAAUCAAUCCAUCUUUUCUAUGAUUGCGGCCGCCGGGUCGCGAACCGACUUCAACACGAGGUUUGACGAGUCCAGCGAUAGUGAAGACGAGAUCCCCGAGGAACAAGAAGAGACGGCCGCCGACAAUGCAUCACUCCCGCUUGCUCCAGGAACGGGGUUGAAAGAGGCACAAUUUGCGACAACAAAGGACGCGAAGGGCGUGAGUGAGAAGAAAAUCAAGCGUCUUUCAACUCAGCGGUUGGUUCAAUCUUUGCCCCGUCUCACGGGGAGAUCGAUGCGCAAGAAAGAGGACACGCCUCGACAAGACCCGAGCCCUGAGAGCGACGUGACCUCAGAGUCUUCAAGAAGCAAUCCACGAGACGCGCCAGUUCUGAGUCGGUUGAUAACCGCCGAGGCCCAGUUUCAAGAGAGUGCAGAAGGCCAAGACCAGAUUCUGGAAUCUCCUACAUCCCUGAGGUCAAGAAGCAGAGGCGAGUCGACGCCACAGACGCUCCUUGCAACGCGGUUGAUGGAAAUCUUUGGAUUUGAACAACCCGAGUCCGUGGUGGCAGAAUAUCCAUGCUGGCUGUUGCAGAGCGUGCUCCUACAGGGCUAUCUCUACAUCACCAAGCUACACAUUUGCUUCUACGCGUAUUUGCCCAAGAAAUCACAUACCGUCGCUAAAACCGGCUACCUCUCAAAGAAGGGAAGGACCACCUCCAAGUACAAGAGAUACUGGUUUUCUCUCAAGGGUGAUGUGUUAUCCUACUACUCCGACGCCUCAAACCUCUAUUUCCCUUCUGGCAACAUCGACCUCAGGUACGGCAUAUCUGCUACUCUCUCUACGGACAAGGAGAAGGGUAAAUCCAAGGACUGUAAGGACUUCUCUGUCACGACAGACCACCGCACGUACCACUUUCGAGCAGACAGUGCCUCGAGCGCCAAGGAAUGGGUUCAGUCUCUGCAAAAGACAAUAUUCCGCUCUCACAACGACGGAGACAGCGUUAAGAUCUCUUUACCAGUGGAGAACAUUAUUGACUUCGAGGAGAGUCCGGUUGUCGAAUUCGCUGAGACGGUCAAGAUUAGAGUGAUUGAAAGCGAGGACUCUUAUGCGAUCGACGAAUACUUCUUCUCCUUUUUCAGCUUUGGCCAAGAUGCACUCAACGUUCUCGGAAGCUUGAUCACCGAAGCUCCAGCUAGGAGGGGGUCGGAGGACCUUCUCUCGCCUGCAGGGAAGGUCGAGCCGUUUUCCAGUCCCAGGUCCAGACCAACGCCUAUUCGACAUUCUUCGGACAUUGUCGCAGGUAGUCCGAGAGCUCAGUCGAGUCCACCUCUCAAAGACAGUGUUAGAGCGACUCUGCUGCCGUUCUCCAUCCGAAAUGAUGGCAGGAUGUCUCCGAGAAUGAGCGGAGAGUUUCCCCGCGGCAAUAGCCCUUCUCGUUCUAGCAACGAGUUUGCAGGAGAAUACGGCCGAGCCAGCUUUGAGCGAGGUCGUAGAAGCGGAAGUACGAGUCGUCUCGAGGUGAAUAUGUCAAAACGAACAACCCGGUCGCCGCUCGCGAGACAUCACGACUCUGAAGAUUCAUAUGUUCAGUCUAUCGACAAAGAAACAGAUUCGUCUACCGCACCUCUAUCACCACGAGCAGAAGCACAAAUGUCUGCCAGCCAAAUCCUAACCAGAAGCGAUGUUUUCCAUCAGCCAGCCAUUCAUCGAAUGGAAACGUUGACUUCCCUUUCCACGGAGCCUACAAGGAAGUCAUCGGAUGGGGGAACAAUCCUGUCUAGCUCUCCACAACGAGGAGAUACGUUUCCCAUCCCGAUCCGAGGCGCACAUGAGCCGCAGAAAGACCACCGCCGAGCGACAGUGCAAAAUGAAGUCCUCUUCUCAUCAGAACUGGAAGCUAGCAAAAAUUAUGUUAGGAACAGUUCUUCGCCGACACUACAGGAUCUGGUCAAGGCCGGAUCCUACCCACUGCAACGGGCUGGGGCCUUUGCGGACUAUCUCAAGAAUCGGUCUAGUUCAAUGAGAAAGCUUCUAGCCACAGAAUCCAUGUCGUAUCUAGAAAAGGUGUCGGGCAUGUGGGCAGGGAGUAGGAAACAUUACGGAGAAAAUGAGGGCGUCGUGCCCGAUGACAGAGGGAUCGAUCCGGAAGAUGAGGAAGCCAACGUUGGCCAUGGCGAUCGCUUUCGUGCUCAUUUUGCGCUGCCUGCUACCGAGAAACUACAAGCAACUUAUUUUGGCUUCCUCCAUCGCGUGCUUCCCUUGUACGGCAAGAUAUACAUCAGCAAUCGAAAAUUCUGCUUUCGAAGUCUUCUCCCUGGGACGCGGACCAAGCUGGUCUUACCCUUGAGAGAUAUUGAGAACGUGGACAAGGAGAAGGGAUUCCGGUUUGGCUAUCACGGCCUAGUCUUGGUGAUCCGUGGUCAUGAGGAAUUAUUCUUCGAAUUCAGCUCGGCCGAACAUCGCGACGAUUGCACAGUGACGCUGCUGCACAGCCUGGAAACAGCUCGCUAUAUGGCAGGGUCGGGCGUCCUUGCCAAAGCAGAUGAGGAUGGCGCAGAAAUUGCCAAAGAAGAACACCGUAAACUUCAAGAAGCCCGUCGAACUUCUACCACGGGCGACCAUGUUCUGGUGUUGCCCGAUACCGCCGAGGCAAUUUACAGCCAUAAGGAUGAAGAACCUUUGGGACCGGUGUUAUUUGAUGACCCUCGCGCUUCAAUCAUCAACCUCUCCAAACCUAGCGCUCCACUCCGCAUCACUUGUCUCACAAUUGGCUCAAGAGGCGACGUGCAGCCUUACAUUGCGUUGUGCAAGGGUCUACUAGCAGAAGGCCACCGCCCGCGAAUUGCUACGCAUGCUGAAUUUGGUCCCUGGAUUCAGAAGCAUGGGAUUGAUUUCCGCCCUGUGGAUGGUGACCCGGCCGAGUUGAUGCGCAUCUGCGUCGAGAACGGCAUGUUUACGUACUCCUUUCUACGAGAAGCCUCUGCGAAGUUCCGCACAUGGAUCGAUGAACUUCUUACCUCAGCCUGGGCCGCAUGUCAAGACUCGGAUCUUCUGGUAGAAUCCCCCUCUGCUAUGGCGGGUAUCCACAUCGCCGAAGCCCUAGGCAUCCCUUACUUUCGCGCAUUUACCAUGCCCUGGACACGCACGCGUGCAUACCCUCACGCCUUUGCCGUUCCGGAACACAAGAUCGGGGGAGCAUACAACUACUACUCGUAUGUCAUGUUCGACAAUGUCUUCUGGAAGGCCAUUGCGGGGCAAGUGAAUCGGUGGCGCAAGAAAGAAUUGGGUCUGAGAAGCACCAAUCUCGACAAGAUGCAGCCCAACAAGGUGCCGUUUUUGUACAAUUUCAGCCCGCAUGUGGUGGCCCCGCCGUUGGAUUAUAGCGACUGGGUCAGGGUGACAGGGUAUUGGUUUCUUGACGAGGCCUCUGACUGGACGCCACCUACCGAACUGACGGAUUUCAUCAAGAAGGCCAGAGACGACAAGAAGAAGCUUGUGUACAUUGGGUUCGGAAGCAUCGUCGUCUCGGAUCCCGCAGCACUCACGAAAACCGUCGUGGACUCGGUCCUCAAAGCCGAUGUGCGCUGCAUCCUUUCCAAAGGCUGGUCCGACCGCCUUGGCGACCCGCAAGCUGUCAAGACAGAAGUUCCUUUGCCCCCAGACAUCUUCCAGAUAAAGUCCGCGCCACACGACUGGCUGUUCCGCCAAAUCGACGCGGCGUGCCAUCACGGCGGCGCCGGCACCACUGGCGCAAGUCUCCGAGCGGGACUGCCAACGGUGGUGAAGCCGUUUUUCGGGGAUCAAUUCUUCUUCGGAUCGAGGGUGGAGGAUCUCGGUGUGGGUAUUUGCUUGAAGAAGGUCAACGUGAGUUUGUUCUCGAGAGCGCUUUGGGAGGCGACGCACAGCGAGCGGAUGAUUUUGAAGGCGAAGUUGUUGGGGGAGCAGAUCCGGAAGGAGAACGGCGUCCAAACCGCCAUCCGAGCAAUCUACCGCGACCUCGAAUACGCAAGAUCGCUGGUGAAAGCCCGCGCCGCGAUCCAACAACAAGGCGUCGCCGCCGCGGCUGGGGGAGCAGCUGGCCUCACAGCAAUUGAUCUCCUCGAUGAAGGCGGCGAUAUCGAGGAGUCCUGGACAUUUAUCGGAGACGACACCGAUCCAGACAUGCAGCGCCGGAUUCAAGAGUGGGACACGACUGGGACUGGUCAUCCUCCUGUGCGCGGGAGAGCGCCGAAAGUGAGUGUGGAUCGAACGAGGCUGGGUGCGAUGCAGGGAGUGGAACCGAUCAGAAAAGCGAGUGUCAAGAGAUGA